GUCAGGUCGGGGAGCCGGUCGGGUUCCCGCUCGCCGCCGCCGCCGCCGCCCCCCGCAGCGACUCUCCCGCCUCUCCUGCCGCGCCGGCCGCGGGAGCUGCAUCGCGAACUCUGCUCGGCCGUGGAGCCGCGGGUCCGGGAACACAGAGUCCGGGACGCGACACGCCGAGCCCCCCCAUCACCUCUAGCCGGGGCGACCCCUCCCCGGUCCGCCCUGGUCCUACGCCGCCGCCGGCGCCCCCAGCCCCGAGCGGCCGCACGGUCCGGAGCCCGCAUUCCGGCCCCGGAACUCCCGCAGCCGCCGCCCCCCACCCUGAACAUGGACUCCGACUCCUGCGCCGCCGCCUUCCACCCAGAGGAGUACUCCCCCGGUUACAAGAGGAGAAGGACCGUGGAGGAUUUCAACAAAUUCUGCACCUUUGUCCUGGCCUAUGCCGGCUACAUCCCUUAUCCCAAGGAGGAGCUCCCUCUGAGGAGCAGCCCCAGCCCCGCCAACAGCACCGCGGGCACUGUGGACAGCGACGGCUGGGACGCUGGCUUCACCGACAUCUCGUCCGGGGUGCCCCUGCCGGUCUCCGAUCGCUGCUUCGGCCACCUGCAGCCCGGCCUCCUGCAGCGCGCCAAGCCCAGCAACUUCCUGCUGGACAGGAAGAAGACGGACAAGCUGAAGAAGAAGAAGAAGAGGAGGCGCAGGGACAGCGAGGUGCCCGGGAAGGAGGGGUACAUGGGCAGCUUGCUGAAGCUGGAAGCCGCCGACCCGUACGUGGAGACCCCCACGAGUCCCACCCUGCAGGACCUGCCCCCGGCCCCCGGCGACCCCUGCUCGGGCUGGGACUCCGACACUCCGUCCAGCGGCUCCUGUGCCGCCGUGUCACCGGACCAGGUCACAGAGAUAAAGACUGAAGGCAAGCGGACCAUCGUCCGGCAGGGGAAGCAGGUGGUGUUCCGCGAUGAGGACAGCACUGGCAACGACGAGGACAUCAUGGUGGACUCAGACGACGACUCGUGGGACCUCGUCACCUGCUUCUGCAUGAAGCCCUUUGCCGGCCGCCCGAUGAUAGAGUGUAACGAGUGCCACACCUGGAUCCACCUGUCCUGUGCCAAAAUCCGCAAGUCCAACGUGCCGGAAGUGUUUGUCUGCCAAAAGUGCCGGGACUCCAAGUUCGACAUCCGCCGCUCCAGCCGCUCCCGGAUGGGCUCCAGGAAGCUGUUUCUGGACUGACGGCCGGCGAGUGGGGAGACGGCGAGGCAUCGGAAGGGACGGGACGGUGGGCUUCUUGGCCCCUUUCGUAGUUGAGCACAGAACUCUCAGCUCUGAUGCAGGCAGACCCUGCCAUUCAGGUGCCUACGCAGAAGGACAGGCCGUCCACGGUGUAGACUGUACAUAGCCGGUGACUGGCGCCAGUCCUGAGGCCAAAGCUGCCGCUGAGCUGCUCUCUGCAGGGGGUGGGUCAGCUGACAGUGCGGGUCGUGGUCCUGGUGAAUCCCUGCUCUCCUUAACCCCCUCCCGCCGAUUGGAACAAGUGCUGUUACUCCUGCGUCCCCGGUGGGGACGGGGGGUUCCCCGGCCUGCUAACGAACAGCCAUACGUGCAAACGUGUUCCUGAGUGUGUCUUCUACCAUAAGUGUCUGUACAGCAGCCGUCAGAGCUGCCCUCCCUUAGUGGUCCGCCCUCCCGGCCCGCUGUCCCCGGGGCUGCCUGCUGGACUCCUCGGCCUCACCCUGAGAGGAGCCAGGGGUGGGGGGCGAGUCAGUGGUCCCUAGUUUUCCUUCUGUUUGUUGAAAGGGGUCGUGUGUGGCCACUUCUCUGUGGAAAGAGGGCUGGUUGGGAGAUUGAAGUGGCCCGUGUUCAUAACCGUUCCCGUUUUGCACGAUGUAAAAACUGUCUUUUUGCACGCUAUAGCCAAAAGUAUUGGCAGAUUUUUGCCUGGGUGCCCUUUCUCUCCAGUUGGUGUAUGGGGGCCUGUGGGUGCCCAGGCAAGGUGUUUUUGAGGGGGGGGGCACUUUGGUUCCUGCGUCUCUCCUCCCCUCACAUGAUUCCAGUAGCAGCGUAAAGGUUAGGCGGUCACGGGGGAGUGGGGGAUGGGUAGAGGAAAACUCGGAGGAGGGCCUCUCCCACGGGUGAUUCUUAGUGUCCCCUGACAGGUUGGCCUGCUGGUCCCACAGGCCAAGGUUAGGACUUGAAGCCUUUUUGGUUUGAGUUGGUGAGUGAGACAUGUUACCAUUGGCCUCCAGGUACAUACCAGUGAGCGGUGCGGAGGUCCUCGGAUCUGGACUUGGGGACACCCCUGUGGGCCCGGCUCCGGAGGAAACCUGCAGGGCUCUGCUCCGGGUCUCUACCCUGGGCACUGGCGGUCCUAGGGUCCCACGGGAGGAGGGCUUCAGCGCUGUCCCAAAUGGACGUGGCGCUCAGCAGUUCAAAUACUGGUUCUUGAAAAUUGGUGUUUUUGUUUU